AUGUACUCUGGUGCAAGUGGACUUUCAAGCCAUAUGUUCCUCGGGCUCGAUCGAGAUUGGUCAGUUUCAACGACUCCAACUACUCAUCGGAAUCAUCCUCGUCUGCAACUUGGUGUGCUUUUACGCGGUGAAACUCAACCUCAAAACAAAACCCACGUGCCAUGUGACAUCACUCUUCCUCUCCUCGGGCGCCAAGUACCUGUAUGCGCACAGCGACCGCGUCUACAACGGCGUGUACUACCUCGACCGUGCGUCGGCGGCAUUAAAUGGAAUUCUGAGCCUCCGCAUCGGGCGCACCAUGUACAGCCUGGACAUGAAGAACUGGCGCACGUUUGGUCUCGACAUCCCGCUUGUGUCAGAAGUGCCGCGGACGCAUUCCAUGGCGACUGCCUUUGA